UAAUUUUUUUUUGGAGGGCAGUUAAGAAAAAUAACUUGAGAAAGUGUGUAAACGUGUUUGACAUUAUAUACAUGAUCUACGUUACUUACAAGGCAGAAAGCAUUAAUUACAUGAAACUCUUGCCAAGAAGCUCUGAUUACAAACAAUUAAUCAUUUUAUAAAUAUUGCUUUAGCCAUAAUUUAAGAUCACUUGGUUUUCACCAUCUUCAUAAAAUAAACUCACUCACUUCCUUUCCGCCACAAAAUCUGGUAGCUUCUCAAUUUAAUGGCACAAAACAUGAACUAGAUACUUUACUCUUGAAAUCUUUAAGCCAAAAAAUCAUAACAUUUGUAACUAGUUACUCAAUAUCUCUUUCUCUCAAUCAAUCAAACACUUGAACGACGUCGUUUCUCAUCAAAUUCUUCUUUCUCCACCUUUCUUCUCGCCAUGAGCAAAACACCACAACAACUCAAAUAUCACCAUCGUAAUAAUAACCACCUUUUUUACUCUCCUAAAUUCUCCAUUUACCUUUUAGCUGCCACUUGUGUAGUCCUCUUCAUUCUCUUCCACAUCAACUCUCUCCAACUCCCUCCGAAGCCCGCCACAUGGUCUUUCACCCAACAGUGGCAGAGAAUCAUAUUCAACAAUUCCACCGAGACAGCAGCAGUCACAGUCGAACAAAAAUGUUCUACUGAUGCUGCUGCCUCGGUUGGAACAGUUAAAAACUGUUCCUGCUCGGCGGAGGAAGUUUCAGCUAAACUCCGCCGAGCAGUAACAUUCCUUCCUCUGAAGGAUCUUCGGUACUCUAACACCGCUCAACAGGGCCACACGUGGUUUAUGAGCUCUAUGUACGAUGAUCACGAGGAAGGGGAGGUACAAUACCAAGAAUUCCCUUCCGAGUCAUCGGAAGGUAGACUUCUUUGCAUUAAAGGCCGCGACCGCCACGACGGUUCGUGGAAUUCCUACGCUUUGGCGUGGCCGGACACGUUGCCGCAUAACGCCACACUCAUGAAGGGCCUAACGUUUGUGUCUAACAAUCACUAUAACUAUGACAACAUCUGGCAUGGCUUGUGCGCCAUGGUUCCGUUUGUAGGGUGGCACAUCAAAAACAAGUGUACUUCCACGCCGGACAGGUGGGUGCUGUACCAUUGGGGUGAGCUGAGAUUGUCAAUGGCUCAUUGGUUGAGCACUUUGAUGGAGGCUACGUUUGAUGGGCAGCCAAUGAUUGAAGGGUUUGAUGAUGGUGUUGAAGAUGAAACGGCACCGUUUUGCUUUGAGCAAGCUGUGGUGAUGAGACAUAAUGAGGGUGGGAUGCAUAGGAUGAAGAGAAUGGAGGUUUAUGAUCUGAUGAGGUGUAAGGCUAGGAUCUAUUGUAAUGUAUCCACCGUUAGAGCUGCCGCCGGUGAAGGGAAGGUGCCGGAGAUUGGUUUGACGUUGUUGAUGAGAGUGGGUGCGCGGUCGUUCAAGAAUGAGUCGGCGGUGAUUGGAAUAUUUGGAAGGGAGUGUGCUAAGGUGGAGGGUUGCCGGAUGAUGGUGGCUCAUUCCAAUAACCUCACUUUUUGUGAACAGGUGAAGUUAAUGAGCUCAACAGACAUAUUGGUAUCCCCACAUGGAGCUCAACUCACCAACCUGUUGUUUUUAGACCGAAACAGUAGUGUUAUGGAGUUCUUUCCCAAAGGCUGGCUUAAGCUAGCAGGUGUAGGCCAAUUCGUGUUCCAAUGGUUGGCUAGUUGGUCUGGCAUGCGCCAUGAGGGAAUGUGGCGAGACCCCGACGGAGAGGCUUGUCCCUACCCAGAGGACGAUCGUCGUUGCAUGUCCAUCUUCAAGGGCGGCCGGGUCGGACACAACGAGACCUAUUUCUCUGAGUGGGCAAUAAAGGUACUCACUCAGGUGAAAUUGAGGAAGAUUGAAGAUAACAAGGCAUCAAAAGUCAUGUCUAAGGAUUCUAGUGGCUGUUCUUGUACCUCAUGACCUUUUCUAUGAUCAUUUUGUAGGUUAAAAUAUUUUGUUAAGAUUAAUGAUAUGUAGACAUAUACAAAUUACAUUGAAAUAAUAUACGUACUGAGCCCCAUUAAUUUACAUAAAUGUGAUUAGUUGAAAAUUAGUCAUGUUACAAUAUAUAAUGUUUGAGUGUAAUGUGUGAUGCAUGUAUCUUCACUCUUAACAUUUUUGUUAUAUAUAUA